CAUCAUCAUAACGCACAAUAAUCCCUAAAAUGACUAACAAACUUCCAGAUCCCCAGCAUCAGUCCGCAUUUGUUACUCAUCUGCCUCGGGAAGUUCGCGAUAGAAUCUAUCUUGAGCUAUGGCGUUCCUGCGGUCUUUGCCAACACAUUAUCUGGCACCGUAAUAAAGAUGACAAAACCAAAUCUCACUUCUGUCGCUGGAAAUGUACCACGCCAUUUUCUGUACAAGACGAGCUCCAAGAAACGAUUGAAGCCACGAGGAUCGAGGUUGGUGCUUCUUUAGGUGACAGCUUAUGCAGCAAAACCUAUGCCCUGCAGCUGUUUUCUGCCUGGAAGAACCACUUCGCCUGUGGCCAACGUAUCGUGAAGGUCUAUGGCAGGGAUGCUGAUCCUGGUAUUCGAACCUGUUCUUCUCGAGGGCCUUGCUGGAGUAGCCAUAAAUCGAGCUCAGAGAAUUUGUCGACGUGCAGCCCAUAUUUCAGUAUGCUACUAUCAUGCAAGAUCAUCUCCUCAGAAUGCCUCGAGUCGAUUUAUGAAUCGACUGCUUUCAUCUUCACAGACACCGUUGCCCUCAACAUGUUUGUUGGUUUCUGCAAGGUACCGGAACUCUGGAAAGAAGAGAUCAAUGUAGCCAUUCCGCCGCCAGUCUUUCGCACCUAUGGCAGGCACCUCGAGCUAUCCUUAGAACCAGUCUUCCCUAUGCUGUUACCGUGCUCAUCACCUAUUUUAACACCACUACCAGAAGAGCGUCACGCGUCUCUCGAUUUCCAUGGGCUUCGCCUUGAUCUUUUGGAGAAUCUCACGGCCCAUAACAUCUGGGUCGCCGCCCGCUCCACAGCUUUAUUGCUGGACGAAAAUGCAGGUAAUAUCGAUCAGAGCCCUUACAAUAUCACUCGGUUAGACCUUGAAUUUCUCAAGCAGGUCUUGUUACCCGUGAAACAAGUGAGAAAUAUUACGCUGAGCAUGCCUCUGGCUCAUGUUUCUGAACCUGAAGACGGUUAUGUAGAUGAUGAUACGCACCUACGGAUAUGGCGAAGAGGUGCAGGAGAUAGAUUUCAUCCAGCUUUAUUGCCAGUCAUUCAGGUUGAACGCUUAGACAGCAAUGUCUAUUCGAACACAGACAGGUAUGUCAGUAGGUUGCCAACGGUACAUUAGCAUUGGCAUAUUCGUUAGGAGGUCAGACUGGCGUAUAAUCCACAAGCUGAAACCCACGUUCAUUAUUCACAAGAGGCCAGUUUCGCUCCAGGUGAGACGACAUCAUCACAACGUCGGGGCGUAACGCGACUGGUGGGAUUUAUACACUCUAAAGGGAAAUGGAUGAA